CUUAUCUGCUGGGAUAUGCCUGCUGGACAUCUUUUCUGGUGAUCAAUCCGACUAUCCUAGGAUCCCAAAAUGACUAGAACCGCAGAGAAAUGUCACAACACCACCAUGACACAAAACUUGCACCAGCACUAAUCAGGAAUCUUAGCUAAACAUUUUUAUUCAUAAAGUUUCACGUAAACACAGCUGAACAUAACAAUAUACACUGCACUGAAACUGAACAAAAGGUGAAAUUCACUUGACUAGGGGUGAUAAAGGAGACAAAAUACAACAGUACAGAGCAGCCAGGCCAAGAAAGCCACCGCGAGCUUGCGCCUACAGCUUCCGUCAGCAACUACUUCGCUGCUAGUGGUGCUUAUUUGUGUUCAUUUUUGUCUUGCUUGUUAUUUCCUAUUCUAUUUUCUAAAAGCCGCAGUAACAAUAUCGCCAUCUGGUAUCCAGACGUUACGCUAAUUUAAUUGAAUUUUUUGACGUGACAGGAUUCUGAUUUACCAUUAGAGAGAUUUUCAUUUUACCGACAUAAGUCCAAACCCAAAAAUUCAGAAAUAACCAGAAUAGAGAGUCUAAUUAUAUUUUAUUUCGUAUAUGUAUUUUUUAUUUUAUGUCUGUUUUGAUAUCCGUGAGAUUUAUUCAUCAACAAAUCUCUGAAUUCAAAUAGUCUUGAAAACGAUGUUGACAAGAUGACCCCAAACGUCAAACGACUGUCAAGUCAAAUUGUUUAACAGUUCACAUAACCUUACUUUUUACCCGUACCUUUCAAUAAAAAGAACAACAAAUUUGGUAUGUCCCGUUUUGAUCUCAUGUUUAAUUAAGAAAAAUUGAAAUGGAAAGCUUAAUUGAAGAUAUUUCGAAGUGUAGUUGUGGAGACGAUCAUCAAGACAUAAUUACAUUUUUAACUAAUAAAACGGAAGAUGUUUACAGGUUUAGAGAUAGAUAUUUUGAAACUCAUAGUAUUGAAGAGGCUAUUAUGAAGGAAGCAGAAACUGAGAAACUACAAAAUGAGACCCUAAAAAUAUUCAAUACCCAUGAACAAUACAUCACUGAUGCCAAUCGAGCAAAAUAUAAUUAUUUAAAAGGUAAAUUAUUGAAUGUAGUUCCUAGCUAUAAUAAAGAAGCUGAAAAUCUGUUAUCAAAAGCAAUAAAGUUAGAUCCAAAGUUAGUUGAUGCUUGGAAUGAAUUAGGUGAAUGUUAUUGGAAAAAUGAUGAACUAAAAAAGUCAAUAAACUGUUUUGAAGGUGCUCUAAAAGAGAAAAAGAACAAACAUUCACUAAGAAGUCUAUCAAUGUUAGUUAGACAAGAAAGUUCAAAGACUAGAGAUGAAAAAGUAAAAAACAUUGAAAAGGGUCUUAAUUAUGCCAGAGAAGCAGUUCAGUUAGAUCCCCAAGAUGGUUUAUCUUGGACAAUAUUGGGAAAUGCUUAUUUGUCUUCAUUUUUUGGUAUUCAACAAAAUCCGAAAAUCUUGAAACAGUGCCUGAGUGCUUACACACAAGCAGAAAAAGAUUUUAUUGCUAAAAGCACGCCAGAUCUUCACUAUAACAAAGGAAUAACUUUGAAGUAUGAAGAGGAAUUUAAACUAGCUUUGGAAUCAUUUCACGAAGCUUUCAUGUAUAACCCAACAUGGGAUCCCCCUAAAGUUAAAGAAAAACAACUAGUGCAGUAUUUGAAUGACAUUAAAGGAUUUGUAUCUACAAGUGGGAAAAUGAAGGCAAAAAGAUUGCAGCAGCUACUACAGUCUAUUGACUCCAAACAAUUGGGUCCCUAUGGAGGGGGAAGUUACACAUCGCCAGUAGGUCUAAAAGUAAAAUUAGUGGAAACAAAAUUAAAAGAUCUCAAACCAGGAAUAAAUGAAGAAAUGGUUGUGUUAGGAAAAGUUGUAUGUUCUGUUAGAAACGAGGACACAGUUCCUUUUACAUUCUGUAUGGUGGAUAAAGAAAGUACAUGUGUAGUUGUGACUAUAUUCAAUUUAGCUGAUGGUAAAGGUGUCAUAAUUGGAGAUUCGGUAGCUAUUGCAGAACCCUACAUGACUGAUGUUGACUUUAGUUAUAAGGAUAUUGACUACAAAUUUAGACUGAUAAGAGUAGAAAACCCCGUGAUAUUAGUUGUAAACGGCAAGAAAGUUAGUAAGGAGUUGCAAGCAGAGGUCCAAAUGUCGAUAUUUAAAAAGAACGAAUGACAUUAUAGAAGUGUUUCUAACAAAUGCCUUUUAAAAUUAGACAGCGUUUAAUCAAAAUAAAAAAAAAAUAACCAAAAAAUGUGUUAGAUGAUACAUGAAUUUGAUGAAUAAGUUAUUUGAAAUUUUUAAUAAUCUAUAAUUAUUAACUAAAAUGGUUUCAAAUUUCCAGAUGUGUGAUACAUUAUUUUUAAUAAUUAUAAUGAAUGAAUGAAACAUUUUUUUUUUCUUAAGUAACUAUAAAUAUUUUUAAAAGGAAAAAUUUAUUUGCAGUUGUUGUUUUAAAGGCUCGUCCAGAUGGUGUAAUAUAAUGGAGCAUAAUGUUCAUGAAAAAUUUAUAUCAAUGCUGUUUAGACUGCUGUAAUGUAAUAAAAUUUGCUAGUAUUUGUGAAGGUUCCAGUGGUUAUUUUGUGAUUAAUUCUAUUAAAUUUGCAAAAGGGGCAUCCAAUAUUUUAGAAAGAAAAAGAAAGGAAUGGUUCGUAAUAGUGUGACAUCAUUUUUCCAAACAAAGCAAAGGUACCAUGAUAAUGGGGCGAUACUGUUAUAGUAGUUUACGUUAUGAGUCCGUUACCUAGAUUUUUACAUGCAAGCAUGGUCGUUAUAUGACCAUGUGAGCACGUAGAAAUCAGGUAACGGGCGUGUAUUGUACAACGUUUUAUUAUAUAUUGCAAUUUACUACGUUUUACGACCUAAAAUAAAAUAAAAUUUUAUCAUUUGACACCAUCAUUAAGUUUCCGAAUGUGACUUAAAAUGACAGUUCAGUUACAACUGACAGUUGUAAUAUGUAUCGUUUUCAAUAAAAAUUAAUGAUUGUUUUAUUGAAGUGAUCGGUUAAAAUUAUUACCGGGCUAGCCCGUUAAGAUUCCCUUAACAACCAUAAAAGAUUGGUUACCACAGUAUAACAUUGCAGUAUAUCAUAAAAAAAUAACUGUCGUUAAGGUUGUGUGUUUGUUUAAGUAAAAUUUAUUUUAAAUAGGCUACGUAAGUCGUGACGUCACAAUUAAAAAUAACUGAUGUGAUUUAUGGGUAGCACAACAUUGAUCUAAAAUAUUUGAUCGACUACAUUUGAUCAAAAAAACAAUAUAUCGAAUAACAACUGAUUGAAAAGAAAAAUUAAUCGAAAGAAAAAUUAUGGAAAAGAACAAUGAUGAAAAGGAAAUUAAUCGAAAAUAGAUUAGAUAGAAAAACAAUUGAUCGAAAAACCAAAUGUCUAUAAAAAAAUAAAAAUUAAAUAUCUUAAUUUACCUAACCUGUGCAGCCUAGAGCUAUCACGGGUUGCUUCGUAAAAAAUAUACAAAAAAUGAGAAAAAUAAAAAACUUAAUGAAAUGUUAGGUACAGGGUAUUAUUACACUGCGACCUGAAAUAUCUAUUGUCUGCAGCUAUUUUACUGUCGCUAAUGCAUCAAGAAAAUAGUCUCGAUGCCUAUAAUGACCCUUUCAAUUCUAUCUUCUCAAGUAUGUUUAGAAUUUGAAGAGGGUUCAAGUUAGGUAGAUCACUAUCUUCUAUUUGGUACGCUCCUUGGAUUCUGGAGUGCUACACUUUGUCAGAAUGUGAAUAGAGAUUUCGUCAUCCGAGUAUUAGGUAUUGGACGGUUGCAUAUUGAAAAUCCUCGCUACAUUCGACUUCAUAAAAAAUAAUUAUGGUAAACUGAAAACAAAAGGGUGUCCGUCUUCUCAAAGUAGUAAC